GAUGUCGCAGGGAGGCAUGAUCACGGCGUGACUUCCAUGCCCUGCGUUCCUACGGAAGGGCGUGCGGAUUACGUUUACUAUGAAUGAUUUUAUCUCUUUCUAAACUCGUGUAUCUGUGAAUGACCGAGUGUAAUAGCGAGCGUACCAAAUUAUGGAUUGAAAAGCGUUUGUUGUUGUAUUUUGAUAUUUGCACCGCAUUGCUGCGAAGUUAUUGAAGUUUCGUUAUCUCGUUCGUGGAUCGUAGUGAUUUGAUUUAAGCAGUCAUAUGGCGCCUGCAGGACUCGUCCGGACGCGAAUUAGUUACGCCGUUCGAUUUGUCGAGCGCUUUACUAUUUACGCACUAUUGAAAAGAGAUAGUACGUAUUUUUAGUCGCGUCGACGGUGAGACGAGUGACUUUCAUCACGGUGCGUAAACAACUUCAAGGUUAUCCGUCGUGUUUGUGCCAGUACUGAUGCGGAGGCGCUGACAUGGCUGCGAUGGCGGAGGGUGGCGCGGUGGUGCGUCAAGGCCACCUGCGGAAGUUGAAGACGAUGAAGAAGAAGUAUUUCGUGCUGCGCGCCGAAACGUCGGAGAGUUCCGCGAGGCUGGAGUACUACGAGUCUGAGAAGAAAUUUCGCGCUGGGGCAGCACCGCGUCGAGUGCUGCCGUUGAAGAGUUGUUACAACAUAACAAGGAGAUUGGACCUUAAACAGAAACAUGUGAUUGCGUUGUUUACAAAGGAAGAACAAUUGUGCAUUGUGGCUGAAAAUGAACAAGAUCUGCAUGCCUGGCUCACUGCUAUCCUGAAGCAGUUCAGGUCAGAUGAUGCCAGUGACGAGCUUCUCCAUCCCAUACAACAUGUUUGGCAAGUGAAUGUACAGAAGAAAGGCUUGGGUGCAUCAAAGAACAUCCAGGGCUUGUAUAAUCUGUGCUUGACGGACAAAACUCUCACGCUCGUCAAGAUCAAAAGCCACAACAACAUUAUCAGCGACCUUGGUAUUCCUGAGCGAGUUGAAUAUUCUUUGAAGAAUAUUAGAAGAUGCGGCGACUCCGAGUGUUUCUUCUACAUGGAGGUGGGCCGGCAGACGGCGACCGGCGCGGGCGAGCUGUGGAUGCACUCCGACGACUCCAACAUCGCUCAGAGCAUGCACUCCACGAUAUACCACGCUAUGAGAAACUGCGCAAAGGAAACUGAAAACGAGAAAGAUCACAUCAUAGUACCGGGAAAGAAUUCCCUACUAGAGGGAUCUCAUCCGCUACCUGCGAGGCGAGCGACGUACUCCGAUGGACGCGGUCGCGCGGGUAUUUACAACGACAAGGGCCUCUGUGUUGGCUCGUGUAUAAGACAAUGCGUGUGCGCCUCUGCCACCUACUCCAUAGACGACUCGUCUGCGGCAAUAGCGCCCUUGACGCCGAAGAACGAUUCAAGUGCGUUGCGGAAGCGUUGCGAAACGAUGCCGUCUCGUUCGUCGUAUGAACCUGAACGAUUACCGCCGAGAGAUGCGGAUCAUGAUGGUUUGGAUUCGUCACGGGACGACAUCGACUCUGUAUCGGAGUGGUACCGGACGCCGCGGAUACCCGAGGAGCCAGACUGUUGCGACAUUAUGUCGAAGGAUUUUAUGAGCAUGACGACGCGCGGCAGCUCGGUGGCGCACUCGCGCACGUCGUCGGUGGGCGCGGAGUCGGAGGCGGACGCGCCGGACGGCUACCUGCGCAUGGCGCCCGGCCACGAGCCGCACGAGCCGCACGAGCCGCUCGAGCACCACGCGCUCGUCAGCUCCAGCGGCUCCGUGUGCAGCGGCACGCCCUCCACCGACCCGCGCUUCAGCGAGUACCCGCUGGAGACGGUGUGCGCGCUGAUCUCGGCGGAGCGCUCGGCGCGCGCCUACAGCGUGGGCUCGCGGCCGGCGGGCGCGCGGCCCGAGCCGGCGCGCCUGCGCGCCUACAGCGCCGGCGCGCGCCGCCCGCCCGCCGCGCACGCCAGCCACGCGCCGCGCCCGCGCGCCUCCGCCGACGACCUCAUGGAGCUCGACUUCUCCGCCAACUCGCCCGCGCCCCGGGUCAGUGCUCAUCGCUACAUUUGUUUUAUGAAUAGUGUUGAAAUAAAUUUAAAAUUGCAGCCUUCACCCGUGGUCGUGGCGCGGACGCCGCCCUCCGCCGGCUUCAUGGAGUCGAGGCGAAACAACGUGGACGAGUACGUGGACAUGUCGCCGCGUAACGCAGGCUACGUGGAGAUGCGGCCCGGCGAGCUAGCGACCACGCCCGCCACGCCUAUCGCGAGCUCCGCCCCCGCCGCGUCCGCCGCCUCUACGCCCGACGGCUACGUAGAGAUGAGCUACGGGCGCGCCGCCACGCGCCCCAUCGCGAUCGCCGCCCCCCGCGCGCCCCCUCCCGCCCCCGUGUCCUCCUCGCCGGACGAUCGCCGGCGACGCCGUGAACCGCGCACGCCACUCGGCUCGCAAAUGCUGUUUCACAUAUCGAUGGAGUCGCCGUGCUCACCCGAAGACGACGAGCCGCACUGCCUCAGUACCGUGCGCGAGCUGGCUGAGGACGGACGUCGCAGCCCCGCGCCAGAGGUGUCGUCGUCGCCGCAGUACGUGCAGCUGGCGAGCGCCGCGCGGCCCGACGAAGUGCGAGGUAACGGCGUGCAGUACGCGGCGCUGGACCUGGAGCCGCGCCGCGCGCCCGCCGCGCCCGCGCCGCGCCUCUACACGCAGAUCGACUUCCUGCGCAGCGAGAAGUUCGUGGCCGACGCCACCUAGCGCCCCGUGCCCGCCAGCCGGACACCCGCCACCAGUCGACUCCUCGUCUCCACGCUCCACACCCCGGCACGAGCUCGUACAACACGCGAACACUCUGUAUAUUUGUUAUAUAUAUUUAAUACGACGACUAUCUCGCUGUGUAA